AUGAAUGUGGACCAUCCAAUAGAUUCAAAUGUUUUGAAUAAACGUUUAUUUAUUGAAGCUGAAUUACCAUUUUUUAUGUUGGAUAUUAAAAAAUAUACAACUGCUACAAAAGGUGGUUCAAUAAUGAUUGCUCGUCAAUUAUUUAAUAAAUAUCAUUCAUCUCUACAUGAUAUAUAUUUGAAAGAAAAGUCUACAAGAAAAAGAUUUUCAUUUAAAUAUCAUUUUAAUUAA